CUGGCCGGCCCUGUUCAUCGCCGAUAAAAAUCCCCACGAGAGUCUGGACUCUGCUGGGACUUUUGCGGCCUAGAACCCGAUCUGUCGAACAAGUGAUUCGAUCUCUUACAUAGACUCUCUUGCUGCCCCAUGAGUAGCCAGAAUCGGUUUCUGCUUCCCUUCCCUCUCUGCCGAGACCAGAAAGGCCCUGCUCUGUCCUCAAGCCAUGGCAAAUGCUGGACUUGCUGAGCCGGGGAGGACCCCCUCCCUCGUUCCACCCAACCUACCAGCAGCUGCCGUUGAUUCCCAAGCGACUGCCGGUCAGGAUCCAUCCGUCGGGCACACAAGCAAUCAGCCCGCCGUUGAUCUGUCCGGGGAAAGACCCGCAGACUCCCAAAAGGGGUUUACAGGCGCGGUGCCGAGCCAUGCCGACAUUGAGGACCCCGAGCCGGACCCGGAAGCCCUUACCCGAACGACUAGUGGCCCGGUCUAUUCCGUCUUCUCAAGUCGCAUGAAAAAAUGGAUCAUUGGCGUUGUGACCUUGACGUCUUUCAUUUCGCCCAUGACAGCUAAUAUCUACUUCCCGGCCCUAAACCCCAUCGCCGAGGAGCUGCACGUCUCUGUGAGCUUGAUCAAUCUCACAUUGACGACAUACAUGAUUUUUCAGGGUAUCGCACCAACCAUGUUUGGUGACUUUGGGGAUAUGGCCGGCCGGCGCCCGGCUUUUAUUGUUGCUGUGCUUAUCUACAUUGUCGCCAACCUCGGCCUUGCCCUGCAGAAUAAUUACGCUGCCCUCUUGAUCCUCCGAAUGGUCCAAAGUGGUGGCAGCAGCGGCACGUUAGCUUUAGGGUAUGCUGUCGUUGCUGAUAUAGCUACCAGCUCUGAGAGGGGCAAGUAUAUGGGUGUUGUUGGUGCAGGCAUCAACGUUGGACCAUCAUUAUCACCAGUGAUCGGCGGCUUGCUCUCUCAGUAUCUCGGAUGGCGUGCCAUCUUUUGGUUCUGUUUCAUAUUUGCCUGCUUCGUCUUCGUGCUCUACACGCUGAUGGUUCCGGAGACAUGCCGCACCAUUGUGGGCAAUGGCUCUGUGACGCCAACCGGUUUCAACAUGACGGCAAUCGCCUGGCUGUCUCAGAAACGACGCCAGAGGAAACAACAGAAGGCAGGCGGCGGCACACAGAGUGUUGUCGUCCAUCUCAAUGAGGACGGCACCGUGCGACAAAAGCCAAAGCUCCGAUUCCCCAAUCCUCUACGAGCUCUAGCAGUUGUUUUCGACAAGGGUGUUGGCCUCAUCAUUUUCUACAACUCUUUGCUCUACCUCAUGUUCAUCACCUCCGUGGCAACGCUAUCCACGCAGUUCAAAGAAAAGUAUGGUUAUGAUGACCUGGAGAUAGGCUUGUGUUACCUGCCCUAUGGAGCAGGUUGUUUCGCCGCAGCUAUUGGCCAGGGCUACAUGCUGGACUGGUACUACCGCCGAAUCGCCAAGAAGAUCGGCUUCAGUAUCGACAAGAAGCGCGGUGAUGACCUGUCUAACUUUCCCAUCGAGAAGGCCAGGAUCAUGCCUGCCUACUUCUUCAUAGGCGUCGGCCUCGUGGCCGUCAUCAUCUACGGCUGGGUCCUCGAGCUCCGGCCAUCCGUCGCCGCGCCGUUGUGCCUCCAUUUCGUGAUAGGGCUGUGCAUCACCGGAUCGUUCGGAAUCCUGAACACGCUCAUCGUGGACCUGAGCCCGGAGGCGCCGGCCACCGCGGUCGCGGCUAACAACUUUGUCCGCUGCGAGAUGGGCGCCGCCGCGACGGCCGUCAUCGACCUCAUGAUCUCGGGCAUGGGCACGGGCUGGUGCUUCACCUUCUUCGCGCUGCUGGGCGUCGUCUGCCUUCCGAUACUGUGGGCGGAGGGGAAGUACGGGAUACAGUGGAGGCAGGAGAAGAGGCUGAGGAGAGAGAAGAAGCUUAUUGAGAAGCGGGACAGGAAAGAACGCAAGGAGAUGGAGAAGGCGGCUGCGGCCGUGCAGAGGGAAACGCAACAGGAUUCAUGA